AUGGUCGCCUCUACCCUUGACUCCUCAAUUGCCCCUCUGCUUCCUACUGCUCCCAAACCGGUACCAGUAUUUACUUUCAACUUAAAACUUGCCGGUGAGCCUAGCCUGAUAUUUGUCUCAAAAGAGCAAGACAAGGCUUUGUCUUUAGCUACAAUUGCUGAUGGUGAAAUCAGAACUGUUGAAAACGAGUUAGGUUUGGAAUUCGACGUCAGUGGUAUCACAGGAUUUGACGACUUGAAUGCGAGACCUUCAGUCAAUGCUGCAACCUUGGAUUGUAAGUUGUAUGGUAAGACUGGAUCGGGAGCUGGUGUCUACGUCAGAUAUGGAGGUGUGGUUCAGUUUUUGGAACCAUCUCUUCUAGUCAUGUCAAACCAAAAGCCAACUUCGGAGUUCGAUGAAUCGUACGUCACCUGCAACCCAACCUUCACCUUCGAUCUGAAUGUUGAAGAAAAAUAUCAAUGGGUCUUGAGAGAGAAUUUCUUUGGUAAGGGACGUUUUGUUAGAGACUCUGCUGGUGUUCUUCACGUUCAAUACUUUAUAUACGUUUUCCGUUAA